AUGGCUAGUAUUCAGCUCCCGCUCGAGGCAUUUACCUCGCGCCUGAACCUCACCGAAAGACUCAAUGGCAUUCGCUCCCAGUCCAUGUCCAGUCGCUUCGCCAACCUACGGCCCGUCUCCGAGUUCUUGGAUAUCAAGCGAGUCUCUAAGCCGGCCAACUUUGCUGAAUUCCAGAGCCGCGCAAGCUACAACCUCUCCUACUUCUCUAGCAACUAUGUUGUUGUUUUCAUUGUGCUCAGCAUCUACAGUCUGCUCACCAACCUGGCCCUCCUUUUCGUCAUCCUCCUUGUUCUCGGAGGCUCUUAUGGUAUUGGUAAACUGGAAGGCCGGGAUCUAGAUGUUGGUAUUUUCCGUGCAACCACUAGCCAACUCUACACUGCUCUUUUGGUUGUUGCACUUCCCCUAGGUCUCUGGGCGUCACCGUUGUCUACUGCUUUGUGGCUUACCUGUGCUACCGGUGUGGGGAAGAGUCAGAGGAGUCAAAAUCGGCUGACGGAGAGUGAAAGUGGUGAAGAGGAAGAAGAAGACGAAGACGAUGAAGACGAAAGUGAUGGCGAGGAGGAGGAAGGCGAGGAAGAUCCAGGAGUGUCUUUGGUUCCUUUUGUCGAUAACAGGAGAAGGGAGACUUGUGGUGGUGAAGUGGAUGAGAUACCCGGAGAAUGGUCUGAAAGUGAUGAGGAUGAAAGCAUGGAUGAGGCUGAAGACUCAGAUGGUGAGAAUAAUGAUGAUGGCUAUGAUGGUGUGACUGGAUAUGACGGGCAUGAGCUCUCACACAAUGACACUAUUGCGUAUGCAGUGGAACUUGCCAUGCGAGACGACGAUGAUGUUCUGGUUGAAAAUGCGCUUGAAAAGAUUCGAUAUGCACGAGCGAACCGGUUGAACAACUUCACCCUUACGGAUAGGGAGGUUGACGCAUUGGAAAGGAGGAGACGACGGAAUGCCGAAAUUGGACCCAGCCGGCCACGCACCCCAGCUACCAACGGAACAGUUAAAACGCCCUCAAAAGGGAGUGCCAGGCAGAUAUACAGCUCUUCUAAGAAAAGUAGGCCAUCUGACACCGUGAGCGUUGCCGAUACGACUUAUUCAUCACCGGCAUACCUUGGGCACUACUCUGUCCCAUCCUCUCCGGUUCCUAGUCAUAUAUCUCUAAGGAAAUCAUCUAACCGGCUUAGGCAACCACCUGCAACAUCGCCCAGACAUGAACCAAAUUUCCCACCACCGCAGCCACCGCCACAGCCUCAGUUUUACCCCUUCGACCCGCAUCCCUCAAUGUUGCCUGGACCUACUACCGCUGGAGCAAUUCCUCUGUCUGUGCCUCAAUCUCCAUAUCCUAUGUACCCCCGGCCGGCAUAUCCACCUCCGCCUCCAAACAUCAUGUGUCAGCCUGUGUAUUCUCCUUUGCCUUACAAUAACUAUCUAAAUCACCCCUCUCCUGACCCGUUCGCAAUGCAUGGGCCACCUCUUCCAUCCAACCAAGCUACCAAUGGGACUGGCCAUAGUGUUGACGGCGUCGAAACCAUAAACACUACCUCUAGUAGUAGAGACGAAGGAUUUGCCCGCCGAAGAAAAUCAUCAACGAAAUCGUCUCCUAAAAAGACACAACCCGCUUCCACAAAACCGCCUGACACACCCAAACCUGAUCAUGCAUCCCCUGCCUCGCCUACUAUGACAGAGACUUCCAAGUCAUCUUCUUCCAAACCUACUACCACCGCAACUCGGAAUGGCUUUGUUCGACCAAAGAGGAAAAAGUACAAAUGGAUUUAA